AUGGCUCAUCUUAAAUUGAAGCCUAAGAAAACUGGUCGCUCCGUGUCACCACUCUAUGCUGCAUUCAGGCGUACUUGGCUGGCAUUUUGUUCUUCGACCAGCAUACAUGGCCUCAAAUAUAUUCAAGAUAGGGAUACAAACAAGUUGGUGCGUUUCAUCUGGAUGCUUAUCACUUUACUCAUGUUCAUCUGUGCCAUUGUGAUGGUGAUCACCUUUUAUUUGGACUACCGCAGCAAUCCGACGCGCAUGAAUAUUGCAACAGAUAAUGCUCCAGUUGAGAGCCUAACUUUCCCAGCCGUAACCAUCUGUCCAGAGGCGCUCCAUAAUGUACAACGUAUUAAAGUAUACCUAGAGACGCUUCAACUCCCUCCCGGUUUCAAUAUUACCCAGAUCAUCGUGGCUUUGAGUAUCUCCAACGGCUUCAUAAGUGACAAUAAUAGCCCUAGCAAAGACGAUAUUGAUUUAUUAGAAAAACUUAUGCAGAUUAAUAAUAUAAGCAUGCUGGCAUUCAUGGAAAACGUGCACUGGAAAUGCGACCAAUUUUUAAUUCGAUGUCGUUUUCAAAUGCAGAUUGUAGAAUGUGAAAAAUUAUUCCAAGCUUCUCGUACAUUCUUUGGCUACUGCUGCUCCUUCAACCUCAACCAAUAUGGCAUGAACUACACUGGGGCAAAAUCCCGUGCUGGCGUGAUUGAAGGUCUCUCUCUGGUACUUUACUACAACGACUCAAACUUUCAUGAGAUACGUUCGAAUUCGAAUGGUUUCAAAGUGAUGGUCUCUGAAAACGAUGCCUUUCCUAGCGCUCACUCUAUAUUAAAAUUUGCUUCGCCCAAACAAGAGACCUUUGUGGGUAUACGUCCAGUAGAGACUUAUUGUUCGCGAAACGUUAAAAAGUUAUCGGUGGAGGAACGUCAAUGUGUGCUGCCAUAUGAAUUUCCUCUCAAAUAUUUUCGAAAAUAUAUGGACACUAAUUGCGAGCUUGAGUUUCGAGUGCGAAAUAUGCUUGAAAUGUGUGGUUGUUUGACGUAUUUCUUCUAUACAAAUCGUACAAACGAUCGCAUUUGCUCGUUCAAGGAUAUACCCUGUUUAGUGGAUAAUUUCGCAAGCAUUAUAGGACGUUAUAAAGCUAACCAAUCAUUUUGUCCGAAUAGCUGUGAGUUAAUUGAAAUUAAUGCGGAAUUGUCGAGUUCAGAAUUUAAUAUCGAUAUACCAACCGUGGGUGAUUUUUAUUCAGGUAUCCAAGAAAAUUAUACUGUGGUUCAUAUUUUCCUAAACAAUCAAGUCUAUCGACGUGUCAGGCGUGAUCUGCUCUCAAAUAUGGUCGCUUUAGUUUCAAAUUUGGGCAGCGCCUUCAGCCUGUUUGCGGGCAUAAGUAUGGUCUCGAUAGUUGAAAUUAUCUACUACCUAACGGUGAUUUUGAGAAAACACUACAAAGAAGAGGUAAAAGCGCGUCUAAAGCUGCGCACAUAAAUGGGAAAGCAAUUUUUUUGCUCAAGAGAAAUAAAAAAAAAACCGCGAUGUGGAUGCCAAGCCGAGGCAAAGGCACAAUUAAGUUUAGUCAGCCUUAAACCAUGAAAGAUUCAUAGUUAUAGUCAAAGUCAACUUCAAAAUCAAAGUUAAAGUCAACUUCAAAAUCAAAGUUAAAGUCAGAGUCAACUUCAAAGUCACAUUUAAUGUUAAAAUAAAAGGCAAAGUUAAAUUAAAGCAACAGAUAAAGAUAAAUUUUAAAUUACAACCAAAUUUAAAGAUAAUGUCGAAGAUGAAGAUAAACUCCAGUUCAAAGAGGUGGUUUAAAAAUAAAAUUGAAAGUCACAGUUAAAGUCAAAGUCAAGGUCAAAGUUAAUAACAAAGUGAAAGUCAAAGUUAAAGCUAUAAAUAAAGUCAAAUUUAAAAUUAAAACCAAAGUUGAAGAUAAAGUUGAAGAUAAAUAUAAAGUCAAAUCCAAAACCGUUAAAGAUCAAAUUGAAAAUUGACAUUACAGGUAAAGUCAAAGUUAGAGUUGAAGAUAGAGUAAAAUUCAAAGAAAUGAAGUCACAAUAAAAUUCAAAGUAUUGGUCAGACUUAAAACUAAAGUUCAACCUAACAUAAGUUCAAGUUAAAUCAAAAUCAAAUUGAAAGUUACAGUUAAGGCUGAAGUCAAGGUCAAAGUUAAUAAUAAAGUGAAAGUUAAAGUCAAAGGCAAAGUUAAUAAUAAAGUCAAAGACAAGGUCAAAGAUGAAAUUGAAGUCAAGGUAAAAUUCAAAAUUAUAACUAAAGUAAAAAUCAGAGUCAUAUAAAGAUUCAUUCAAAGAUAAAGUUAAGGUCAAAGUUAAAGUCGAGGUCAAAUAUGAAGCAAAGACAAAGUCUAAUUCAAACUUGUGGUCAAAGCCAACGCCAGAAUCAGAGCUGAAGUUAAACCCGAAUUCAAAUUUAAUAAUCCAACUAACAAAGGGAGGAAGUAAAAAAUAAAGUAAAAUUUUUGUGGUUAAACUCAAAGCAAAUGUCAAAGUCAAAGAUAAAAUUUAAAUAAAAGUCAAAGUCAAAAUCAAAUUUAGAGUUUAAGUCAAAGUCAAAGCAAAGAAAAUAAAUUAAAAAAGCGAGGAAAUCAAAGAUCAAAGUUGAGGUAACUCAAUUAAUUUUCAGCUCCUCAAAUUAAUUGAUAAGGAAACGAUAAUAAAACGGUGAAUUGCAGUUCAAAAGUAUUAAAAACACAAAAGUACACAUAACAGAAGUGAAAUCUUCAAGGCAGACAAAGAAAGCGGGAGACCCCCGAGAGAGAAU